AUGGAGCCACUGUAUGAGGAGUAUCUAACACAUGGUGGAACCAUUGUCAAACCUUAUUACUGGCUAAGCUUCUCUCUAGAUUGCACUAACUGCCCUUACCACAUUCGGACAGGAGAAGAAGCAAGAGUUCCCUACACAGAAUUUCAGCAGAUUUUUGGAUUCCCAUGGUCAACAUACCCUCAAGCAAAACACCUCACAUUUUAUGAGCUGAGAAGUUCCUUUGGGAACCUGAUACAAAAGGGUCAUGCUAGCAAGUGCACUGGGAAUCACAAACACCCAGAAUCAAUGCUAUUUGAGAGGAACGGCUACCUUGACUCAGUCAUAUCUCAUAACAGCAACAUCAGACAUGUCAUUCUGUAUUCCAGCCACUCCCCUUGUAAUGAGGCUAACCACUGCUGCAUCAGAAAAAUGUACAACUUCCUGAUGAUGUGUCCAGAUGUCACUCUUAGUAUUUUCUUCUCUCAGCUCUAUCAUACCGAGAACCAAUUUCCUACCGCGACAUGGAACCGUGAGGCUCUUCGGAGCCUGGCCAGCUUAUGGCCUCAGGUCACUUUGAGUCCAAUAAGCGGUGGCAUUUGGCAUUCUAUUCUCGACAAUUUUGUUAGUGGUGUCUCGGGAUCAACAGUUCUCCAGCCUUUCACAGCUGGGAGAAUACUGGCUGACAGAUACAAUGCUUACGAAAUAGACUCCAUAACAGGAGUCAAGCCUUAUUUUAUCGAUGUUCUUCAGAGCCAGCGAAAAGAGAAUCAGAACAGAAAAGUUCAGGCAGCUUUUGAAAAUCACCCCUUAAACAAUGCUUAUCCUGGACAGCCCUUCCUGCGCCAGGACCCCAGGACUCCUGUUCUUUUCAUGCUGGUACCUUACAGGGAUCUACCGCCGAUCCAUGUGGGUCAAAACGCACAGAAACCCAGGAAUGUGCCAAGACACUUGGAUAUGCCUCGACUGUCAUCAGUUGAGGUCAAAGACCUUAGAAAACCCUCCCUUGGCCAGGCCAGUGGAGGUGCUGGAAGCCACAAACGGGUCUGGAAGCAACAAAGAGGAAAAUGA